CCUUGGACUCCUCCCCGCACCCACCUCCUUCAUUCCCCUCAUAAAAGAUAAGAAAAGAAGAGAGAAAAAGAGAAAAGUCGUUGGGACUCCCUAGCAAAAGGGUGCGAGAGAAAGAAUGGCGGUGGCGGAGCUGUGGGAGACUUUGAAGCACUCGAUCGAGGCCUACACAGGGCUGUCCCCGGCGACCUUCUUCACCGUGCUGGCCCUGGCCGCCGCCUUCUACCACGUCGUCUCCGGCUUCCUCCAGCCUCCUCCCGCCCCGAGGAAGCGCGAGGUCGAGUUCGAGGAGGUCGAGCCCCUUCCGCCCCCCGUGCAGCUCGGCGAGAUCGCCGAGGAGGAGCUCAAGGCCUACGACGGCUCCGAUCCUAAGAAGCCUCUCCUUAUGGCCAUCAAGGGCCAGAUCUACGACGUAACCCAGAGCAGGAUGUUUUAUGGACCUGGGGGCCCAUACGCAUUGUUUGCUGGUAAAGACGCUAGUCGGGCACUGGCAAAAAUGUCCUUUGAACCAAAGGAUUUGACUGGUGAUAUUUCUGGCCUUGGUCCUUUUGAGCUUGAGGCGUUGCAGGACUGGGAGUACAAGUUCAUGAGCAAAUAUGUGAAGGUGGGGACGGUUAAGAAAACUGUGCCUGUGGAAGAUGCAUCCGCAGGCAGUGCCUCCGGAACAACAGAGAGAGCUGCUGAUACCACCGACAGCAGCCCUGCAGAUAGUCAAGUAGGCCAUACUGCAGAAUCCAAGGAGACUGAUCAAGCAGACCAUGGCGCUAAAUCAGAGCAUAUAGCAGAAUCAAACGAAGAUGGUCCAGCAGGUCAUGGUAAUGAGGGAGAGCAUAAGGCAGAAUCGAAGGUCGGCGGUCCUGCCGAAUAUGGUGAUGAAGCUGAUGCUGUCGAUCAUGGAGCAGAUCUAAAGGAAGUCGGUGCAGGUGAAGGAACCAAAGAAUAGUUCAAAUUACAGCAUGAUAGGGGCUUCGCUUGUAGAAAAACCUAUAAGAUAUAAAGAACUUUGAGGAAUGUUCUCUUUUCAGAUGAGGGGAGGGGCGUUCUUUCCCGUUAUGUUUGUAUGACAGGUUAAUAAGCGCAUCCUGGUGAGACUUAAAAUGGUUAUCUUGUUGUUGCAUCCUCUGAUGUACUGGAUUGCCCUAUAAUUUCUGUUUAUCAACAGUUUUAUUGCAGAGAGAAUUGCUAUGCUA